AUGACGCAGCGAGCUUGUGGUCAGUGCGCGGACAGCGGCAGCAGCGGCAGCAGGUGGACGAGCCGCGCACAGAGUCUGAAGAGCGGCUCACAGAAGCGCUCCUACCCGCCUCAGGGCUCCACCUCCGCGGGCACAGAGCAGCACCAGUCCCGUCAGCAGAGCCGCACCAUGCCUCCAUCCUGCUCCCGUCCUCCCGCCACUAUCACACCGCGGGACGCGGGAGAAUAA